UGUAGAAUAGCAGAACUUAGGUCUGGGUUUAUGCUUAUCAUGUAUUACAAAAAAACAUUCAACGGAGGUAUUCGAAAAUCAUGAAUAGCGAGCUCACGCUUCGAAGCUUCGAUGACUUUUUGUUUCCUCAAAAUCCACUGCACUAUACUGAUUAGAUUAUGGCUGUGGUCAUAGGCCUAUUCGGCAUUCGGCUGUGGUUAGAGCCUAUUUUAAGAUUUCUUGGAAACUUCAAGAUUCCAGUAAUCUAGGCUAGUACUUGUAUUAAAGUUUAUUCAUGUUUUAACAGGAGAUCUAACGUCACUACGUCAGCGUCUGUCAUUCAUUGCAGUUUGCAGAUUUUUCACUCUAGAUUUUGGCUACCCACCAAAGAAGACAUUUUGUAGAUGCUCUGAAGACAAAGGAUCCUUAUCAUGACUUGGCCGCACGAAUCUGUGACACGGUGUCUGAGGCUGAUCCAUCAGUUCGCAGUCGAGGAGAAGAAUGAAUGUCUCCAGUCCUAUUACACAAAACCUGUGAAGUCGUUCAACUCUUUCCACCACUAAUGUGAGAAGCAGUCGUGGCCACGUUGCUGCACAGUAUGAGCACUGAAGAAGCCCCACAUCAUGACAACCGGUGAAAACAACCGGUGCUUGUACAGUAUAACACAAGAUAGGUCGAACACAGAAGACUCGAAAUCACUCAUCUGUGGAACUGUUCCUGCGGUCCUGAGGUUUUUUUUCUUUAUAGUGUAAGAUAUCCCUGGAACUACAGAUCCCUCGAACUACCGAGGCCGGUCCCAAACAAGUCGAGCUAUUUGUGUUAUAUUGUACUUUUACAAAAGGCGUUGCAGCCAAGGAAACACAGCACCAUCACACAAGGGAAGGCCUUCUGCCCACCUCAAACCCCUCGUUGGCUCAUUUGUGAAGCCUGUGCACCACAGAUGAGCUAAUGGAGAUCAAGCGUGUGCCUGGCGUGACACAAAAACAGAAUGGAAGUAACCGUGUUCACACCUGGUUGAAGUGCCCAAAGAGAAGACGAUCUUUAUGACCAAACCAAGAGUAGCAGCAGCUUUAGCUAUCUCUACUGCAGACUGGAAUUUGGGGGCCCUUUGCACCUUGAUGUUUAUGCCUUUCCUGAAGUUGCAAGUCUCAGCCCAAACCAUGGACAGUAGCAUCAGAAGGGACUGUACCCAAAUAGAGAAGACAGAGACUGCCAUAGAGGCUCUGGCUUGGACAAGCAGGAAAGGAACCAUCUUUUAGAGGAGGAAAAUCGGACUGACAGACCUCUCUAAUGCCCAGGAAGAGGGACUGAUUAGGAAUUUAUAAAGAAGUCCUUCUGCAAUUUAUGAUUGUGCUUUCCUCUUUUGGCAACUUCGAGUUGCAUGUUUUUGACACAUUUUCCUUAAUUUCAUCUUUUCAGUUGAUACUACCUCGAAAUUUUACCUGUCUGUUGCAUCACUACCUACUGUAUUUUUGUUGGACUCUUUUCUUAGAAUUAGAAAUAAAAGAAUUGGGUACACUGACAAAU